UCUGAGACCGAGAAAUCACGACCGACGGUAGCUUUGCAAACGCCCAACUCGGUGCCAAUGUAUGACAGUACAGCGCAUCUUUUUCCGAAAGACUCAAGCAUGUGUACAGAAAAGGCGGCUCGGUUAAAGACUGUUGGAAUGUGCGAACUACCUGCAAAAGAACCGUGCCCUCGGCGAUCGUCAAAGGGCUUUAGCAUGUUCCAGCAGCUUGUGCAACUUUUAGCGGCGCCAAGGUUCUACGCAGUUGUGCUCGCUGUUGUCGCGAUCGACUACACUGUGGCCGUCUUUCCAGCAACAAUUGUAGAUUACGCUCUUGACAAGGGAUCUGCCCGCCGUCAUGCGGACCUUUCGGUUUCUUACUGCGCUCCGGCAGAAAUAAUGGGACGCAUCGCGCUUCCUUUCAUUGCUGACAGCGGACUGGUGAGCCGGACGACGCUAGUGUCUGCUAACUUCUUCCUACUUGGCGGGACAUUUAUUGUUCUACCGGCGACGUCUUCAUUUUUAUCAUAUAUACUAGUGUGCGCUUGCUCCACGAUGCUGUUGGGAUGCCUGAUGAGCCUGAAGCCCGUCGUCAUCGCCGACUACUUCGGCAUUGAUGCCGUGGCAACAGCAUGGGGAUUUGCUGGCAUAACGCUGCUGCCUCUACUGUUGUGCAGCCCUGCCAUAACUGGUUAUUUUCGUGAUACGAAAGGUACCUACGAUGGACUCUACCAGCUACAAGCAGGAAUACAUGGUUGCGUCGGCGGUAUUUUCGGAAUCUUAAGCGUCUUGGACUACAAACGACAAAAACAGCGGGGCAAACUCACUCACGUGGGCUGAAUCAUACUUAGUGAAUAUUGUCACAAGGUGUCGUACAGUAAAAGCUCUUAAUU